CUCCACUUGGUGUCGUGGAAAAUGUGGCUUUCACUCAUCACACACUCAAAUCUAAAUUCCUCCAGGGCUUUGCUGACUGCCAGAGCAAACCCCUGAAGAGAGAGAUUUACACCAGUGUGCUGAGAGCAGAAUCAAACCCCGGAUUUACUACUCGCUAGCUCAGAGCAGAAAUGCUAAAGUACCACUCGAUCCCUCCUCCUCCUCCUGGACGAAUCUCUAUCCUCCGAUAUAUGAAAAAUGCAUUUCAACGCUCCACAUAAUAAUUCUUGUCGGGACUAAGCCGUGACGCCUCCCCCCAGUCCGGCCGAGCCGCCCGUGUGCUGCAGUGGUCGCCGAGGUCUGCCGAGGACGGCGGUGGCAGCAGCAGCAUCUGUCCCUGUCCCUGUCCCUGCCGCCCGCUGAGUUCUCCUGCCCAUCCUACGGGAGCGGAGGACAGCGAGUCUGGCAGCCUGCAGGUGUCUCCCGGCGGAGGAGGCUGCGGAGCCCCUUGGGAUCAUGUGUGGUACCCGAGCAGAUGUUCACUCGCUCCUGGUGCUCUCUGCGAGGCAGACCCUCUGCGAUCCCGUCAGCGCUCUGAAGCUCCCCGGCUCCGAGAGGACGGCCCCGCUCCCGCGCCUGCAGCUGCUCCUUUAACGUGCAAAGGCAGGAUUUCAAGUGAAGGGAAGAAUGGGAGUCUGGCUGCAGCGUUUCCUUCGCCGCUACAACAGCAGAUUGGGAGAAGCUGAGAGUUUUGGUGCCUGGACAACUGGAUUCUGAAUCGUGCGAGGCUUUGAAAGCCCCCCCUCUCCCAAAUAAAACAAACCCCUUUGACUUCUUCUCUCAGCAGGAGGGGGAGGGAGGGCGGAUUUACCAUGAAGACAAAUCGAAGAUGCAGAGCCCUGCUAGCAGUGAGUCUGAAUCUGAUGGCUCUCCUCUUCUCUACAACAGCUUUUAUCACGACCCACUGGUGUGAGGGCACACAGAGGGUCCCCAAGCCGAGCUGUGGGAAAGAGAAGAAGACAAACUGCCUCAACUACGGCGGGAAUGAGACUGCAAAUGAGACGAACCAGAAUGUGGUUCAUUACAGCUGGGAGACGGGAGAUGACCGCUUCCUUUUCAGGUAUUUCCACACCGGGAUCUGGUACUCCUGUGAGGAAAAUAUCAAUGCUGCUGGUGAGAAGUGUCGAAGUUUUAUUGACCUUGCCCCGGCUUCUGAAAAAGGUGUCCUGUGGUUAUCAGUAGUCUCUGAGGUGUUGUACAUCAUGCUGUUGGUCGUCGGGUUCAGCCUUAUGUGCCUCGAGCUCUUUCAUUCAAGCAGUGUGAUAGAUGGGCUCAAGUUAAAUGCCUUUGCUGCUGUCUUCACUGUGCUUUCAGGUCUCUUGGGGAUGGUGGCACACAUGAUGUAUACUCAAGUUUUCCAAGUGACAGUCAGCCUUGGGCCAGAGGACUGGCGACCACAUUCAUGGGACUAUGGAUGGUCCUUCUGUCUGGCCUGGGGCUCUUUCACCUGCUGCAUGGCAGCCUCUGUCACCACCCUGAACUCCUACACUAAGACUGUCAUCGAGUUCAGACACAAGCGCAAAAUCUUCGAGCAGGGCUUUCGAGAAGAGCAGAACUUCCUAGACCAGGAAGCCAUCAAGUACUUCAGAGAAAGGGCUUCACAACACCCAGCUCUAAGUGUCACUAGCCCGCAGAGGAACAGGAGUGACCAUAAUGCUCAGAAAAUACCCCCAUUCGCUACGUCAAGCUCUUCCAGCGACACAUCAAGCAGCUCUUCACUUUCAUCAGAACCAACCAGCCAGAUCUCCAUGGGUCAGGAUCAAACCCUGCUGGACAUCACCUCCAUCACUAGAUUGGCCCCAGGAGAAUCACCAAACCCUCAACCACUCGAGCAAAGAGAUACAAAUUUAGCAAUAUCGUGUUCCAGCCCACUCGGAGCAAGGACUAUUCCAGCGUCUUGCCCAGCCAGCCUCAGGCUCAGUCUAACACCCAGCUCAGCCACACCACAGCAAUACUCUGACUCCUCUCCAGUCAGCCCAGGGAUCAAUGCAGCUUCCUUCUAUACCUUCUGUCCUCACACAGCACAAAAUGAACAAGCUUCAGCUUCAGAUCACACACUGACCCCAACCAGGACAAGCACAAGGCCUCCAGCAACAACGACUCCUGAAGAGAGUUCCCAGGCUCCUGGCUAUUCUAAAACUGACUUAAAGAAUACAGGAAAGGGGUUUGAAUCAGAUCUCGAAGAUCCUGAUCAUGAAAGGCAGGAGAUUUGUGACCGCAAAGGAGUUCCAAGCCAUGGAGAAAGAACUAGAGGAUGUGAAGGAAGACCUGAAAUGCCUGAAGUGGAAGGUGAGGCACAUUGGUGAGACGGUGCAGCCCCUGGCCGAGGACAGCAAGAGGUACAACGGCUACACCCUGACGGAGCUCAAGGCCAUGGUGCAGUUCGAGGAUGACCCCUACAAGGCCGCCCACAAGAUCCUCACCGCGCUCUUCAGCGAUGUCUACAGGCCACAGCACCCCCCCACCGAACAGCCCUGCAACUCCCGGGCUCUGCCCAGGCCCAAAAUAGACCCAGAGCUGUACAUGGUGUACUGUGACAUUCUGAAAAGCAUAUUCCCUGGAAUUAGCAGCCAGACCUUGAGGGAAGAGACGCAACACGUGCAGAAAAGCGCCCAGAAAGCAGUGCAAUAACAGCAGAGCCCGCAGAGGCUGUGCAGAGUGAGAGGUCUCUGGUGGUUUGAGGACUGAACUGUGGUAGGUGCCAGUGGUUGAGUCUGUCCCUUCCAGGUAUGGAUCGUCUGUAAAGAUGUUGGUGAGCUCUGAGCCCUCAUGCCACUUGCCCAAUGAGACAGAGUGGGAAGGCAUCCUGCACACUUCCCACAUUUUAGAAAACAAUUGCUCCUUUAGUGUCUCUUUCAAUCUAUGGACGUUUCCUUGUUUCCAGCAACUACAAAUGCCAACAAAAGAAUCCCAAGAAGGCAUUGUAUGUCCAAGCAAGGGCCUUCUCCCAGCCCCAAACAGACCAACCAACCAGCAUCUGGGUAGUUUCUAUUUUCUAGAGUGUAUCAUUCAUUAAAUGACAUUACUUGUUA